AUGUUGAGGGGAAGAAUCGGCGUAUUUGUCCAGUGUCGUUCUUUGAGCAGACUUAGGGCGACCGCAAGGCCCGUUUCUUUUGGCAAACUGUUGAGGUUCAACUCUUCCACUAUCAAAUCAGAUGUGAAUAUUGAACAACUGAAAAAUAGUGCUAGCCAGCCAGCUUCUUCAAAUACAGAGAAGAUAGAGGCUCCUGUUGAAGAAGACACUCCUGAUACCAUCACCAUUGUGCCUGCUCUUAAGGAAUUGACCGGCUCAGCAAAUUACCAGCCCGAUUUAGAUAUGCCUCUUGUUGGCCAUUUGCAAUCACGGUAUCUUGUAGAAUCGAUAACCGACGAUGCUUUGUUCGACUUGACUCUGCCUGAAAGCACCAAGAAGUUCAAAUUGUACUGUGGAGCCGAUCCAACUGCCGAAUCGCUUCAUUUGGGUAAUCUCUUGCCAUUGAUGGUUCUUCUUCAUUUCAACUUGCGUGGCCACGAUGUAGUAGGACUUGUAGGAGGAGCUACUGGUGCUGUAGGAGAUCCCAGUGGCAGAACUACAGAAAGAUCCCAGAUUGAAGAUAAAGAGAGAGAAGAUAAUGUAUCCAAGAUCCAGAAACAAUUGGUGACGUUUUUGGAGAAUGGUGUAGCCUAUGCCAAAUCGCGUAACUAUCCUAUAGCAGGAGAAGGAAGGAUUUUAACGGCUAAUAACGCCAGCUGGUGGCUGUCGAUAGGCAUGUUAGAGUUCCUUGCCAAGUAUGGCAGACAUAUCCGUGUAUCUUCAAUGCUUGCGCGUGAUUCAAUUCAGUCUAGAUUGAAGGACCAACAUGGUUUAGGAUUCAACGAGUUCACCUACCAGAUCUUGCAAGCCUACGACUUUUGGCACAUGUUCCGGGAAGAUGGGGUCAACAUGCAGAUAGGUGGCAAUGACCAGUGGGGUAAUAUUACCGCUGGUAUCGACUUGAUCUCACGGUUACAGAGACAUUUUGGAAAAGAAGGUGUAGAGCCACAAAGUGCCUAUGGUAUGACUGUGCCGUUGUUGACUUCUCCCACGGGGGAAAAGUUUGGCAAAUCGGCUGGGAAUGCUGUUUUCAUCGAUGAAAAGUACACCACGCCGUACCAGAUGUACCAAUACUUCAUCAACAGUCCAGACGAUAUGGUUGCAAAGUUGCUUAAAACGCUUACAUUGUUGCCAUUGAGUAUUAUAGACGGUUAUAUCUUGCCCAAACACGAAUCCGAUCCUGGUUUGAGAAUUGCCCAGCGUAUCUUGGCUCGUGAAGUUGUGGACUUGAUCCAUGGUGAGGGUGUCGGUGAAGAGAUGGCCUACAUCACCAGUUUCUUAUUUCCUACACCCGAUCAGCCAUUCAACGAUACUGUAUCUGCAGAUCGGUUGAUCCAGAAUUUUAGGAGAUCGGGCAUUUUGGUGAACUUGAAGUUUUCGGAAAUCGAGAACAUCGACGACUUACGUAUGAGCAGCUUGUUAGCCCAGAUCACCAACAAGUCCCGUAGAGAAGUGAAGCAGUUGAUCAAGUCAGGAGGAAUCUACAUGGGUUUGGAGAGAGAUCAGUUUGAGGAUCCCGAAGAUGUAGUAUUGUUUGACCGUGAUAACCACUUGAUCGACGGCAAGUUACUUCUUGUCAGAGUGGGCAAGCAGAAUUAUUAUGUUGUUGAGUUCAGUUAA